UAUGCCUCCUCUGCCCACGGCUGCUCCAAGUGACAGCUCCUGCCGGGAAGAUGCAUUGGUGGAAAGUGACGGCAGCCCUUCUGCUCUGCUCACUGCUGCUCAGCCAGACCCACGGCGUGGCCCUGUCCCCGAGGCAGCCCCACGGCCGGCCCCGCAGCCCCCGGCAGCGGCGGAUGACGCCCUUCUGGAGAGGGGUGUCCCUGAGACCCAUCGGAGCCUCCUGCAGGGACAACAGCGAGUGCCUCACCAUGCUCUGCAGGAAAAAUCGCUGCCUCCUCUCCACGGCCUCGGCGUGAGCUGGCACCAUGCACAGCCUGCACUGUUACUGCUGACCAUGCUCCACACACUUGGGAUGUAUUUAUUGACUGCUCAGGAGCUGGAAGGGCCUCGAGCAAUCAGGGUAUUUAAUAUUUCUGUCACAUCUGCUGAUAAAAGGACUUCAAAGAGCUCGAGAGCAUCUCCUCCCACAGCCAUGCCUCAGGAGGCCUCUGGCCAAGCUGAAUAAAAGGGCUCUGCAUCUC